UGAGAACUGGGACUAGCUAACGAGCCAUGGAUGCGGACACGGGGGAUGAAAAGCCAACCAUAAUCCUGAGAAUCGCCACUCAGGACGGCCAGACGCUUGCUUUCAAGAUGAAGCGUGACAACAAGCUGAUCAAGCUUCUGCACGCUUUCUGUGAGCGAAAGCAAGUCAGCUACAGAUUCAUGCGGUUCUUGUAUCAUGGGAAGCGCAUUAAGGGCAAACAAACACCACAUCUUCUGAAUAUGAAAGAUGGAGACCAAAUUGACGCCAUGACGGACCAAGAUGGAGGCGCUCCUUUUAGUUGCUCUACUGCUAACUGCUAACUGCUAAGCUUUCUUGCUUUCGGAAUUAGGCUUGAUCGUU